AUAACAAGCACGAUGGAUGGAAUUUCCGGGCUCUGCAUGCAUUUGCCUGCAUGUGCAAAGUAGGUAAAUUCCCACUUUAUUUUCAACAGAUUAACAUUUCCUGGUUGAGAUGAAGAGGUUCACAACUACACAGAUCGCCAUGGUUGUGCUACACAGGGGUGGCAGUGUAGAAGAGAUGGUCUUCACCUUGUGCUGUGUGGGUGACGCUAAGCGCAGUGUCCUUUUACACAUCAUGAGCUCUUUGAAGUUUGAAAACAUUUUUCCCCCCUAUGUGAAGCAGACAGAAACCAUUCAUGCUGCUGCAUUGGCACACUAUUUAGAGCUCUUCAUUUGUAACUUGAAUGUCCACAUUUCCAGUCAAGGUUCUUGCUCUGAUGUGAUGCAGUCAAAAUACCCUGCUGUUUAAAAUGGUAAAUCACUAUAAAAUUAACUGUUAACAUUGCAAAGGGCCUUGGACAAAGGAGUUAAGAAAGAAUAAAUAAAGGUGAAUACUGGGCUGCUACUCAGAGAUCAUGCCUGACCAUCAAGGCUUAUUGUCAUAACCUUCUGCUGCUUAUUAUGUCAUUACUACUUCCAACCCCUGUUUGGGAGCUGGUACAAUUCUGAUGGUGCAGCGCCAUCGCACUAGCUCCUGUCCCAUCUGCAUGUAAAGGCUGCCUUCAGCACUGUUGUGUGCCAACAGUGCACCCUGUCAGCCAUCUUUGGUGCUGCAGCUCACUUCAUGAUGGCUUUACAUAUUCAUACUUUGCACAUGUGCUGCAAAAACCAUAUAUGCUGGGCUUUUUAUGUGACAAGGGGAAACUGAUGGCUCAGAGGGCUCUGGUCAUGAAGUAGGAAGUGAGAGCAAAGAUGUGCCCUACAGAUGGGUGUACAGGGUCACUUCGUCCCUCUCCCUGCCCCUGAUAGGAUGUUGUGUAGUGUGGCCCAAAUACUCAAGUAAACACUCUAAGGUUGCAAAAGCCUGUGUGUUUGUAUGUGUGUACUCACCCCUGUACACUGUAGCACAGACUCACAGAUAUUUUUGUGAAAGUGAAAGAAACCAUUCAUAAAGGUGAAAUAAGGCCUAGGUGUUACAGCAUGGCCCUGUGUAUGUGUGGAUUUCUGUAGAAACACGGAUAAAGAAGAGUCAUUAUCAUCAUAGCUUGACUUCGCGAACAAAGAUUUAGGAAGGGGGCUGCCCACGUCUGCUGCAACUCGCUGAUGGCUGACGAGACCAGUGCGGGUCCAGCUGCAGCGGCUGCAAGGGAAAGUCUCUUCUGGGUUUGGUGCUGCAGUGUCACAUUUCUUCCUCCAUCUCCUUUUGUCCUCAAGACCCACUCUGUGUGCGUUCUCGAAGGAAGAGACAGCCUGGUGAAUGGUGUGUCUUCAGGCUUCGUGGUUGGAAUCUAGAGCAGACCACUGGUGGUGGUCAAUGUAAUGGUGACCACGGUAUUUCUUCAGAGAGUCCUUGUACCCCUUCUUCAGAGCCCCUCUGUUGCGGUGGCCAGUGGUGAGUUCGCCAUACAGCACAAUCUUGGACAGUCGAUGAUCCUCCAUUCUGGAGAUGCCCUGCCCAGCGCAGCUGCGUCUUCAUCAGCAUGGCCUCUAUGCUGGUGACCUCCGCCUGUUCGAGGACUUCAGUGUUGGUGAUGAAAUCAUUCCAGUGGAUGUUGAGGAUGGUGCGGAGGCAACGCUGGUGGAAGUGCUCAAGGAGUCGCAGGUGGUGACGGGUGACAGUGACUGCGUCACGGAGGUCCUGAGGUAGUUUGCCUUGUUCACAGCACCAGACAAAGAGCUUGUAGAGUUUGGUGUGUAGUGCUGGGCCCCCAUCCUUCCAAAUCUCAGGUGGGAUUCCAUUGACUCCUACUGCCUUGCCACUUUUCAGCUGCUUAAUGGCCUUGACAGUCUCUUUUAGGGUGGGAGUCUCAUCCAGUUCUGUUUUCUCUGACUGUUGUGGGAUGCGGUGGAUUGCUGAGUCUUGGACCACGCGGUUGACAUUGAAGAGAGUCUGGAAAUGUUCCGACCACCAGUUCAGGAUGGACACCUUGUCUGUGAUGAGCAUUUGGCCGUCUGCACUGCGCAAGGGACUCUGAACCUGGUGUGAAUGGCCAUACACAGCCUUCAGGGCUUCAUUAAACUCUCUGUAGUCACAGAUGUCUGCGCAAGGCUGAGUUCUCUCUGCGAGGAAUUCUUCAGAGGUCUGCAGAAUGGUGGUUUUUAGGUGUUCCCAAAGUGCUUCUGAAGAGGGGUCUAUAGGGCAACCAGGACCCUCAAGUCUCGACUGAAGAUUCACCCGGAAGUCAGCUUUCACUUCGACUGACUGGAGGUUGCCAACCUGAAACUUCUUCCUUGGAGCCCCUCCCCCUAUUUGGCUUGGGUUUAAAGUGAAGACAAAGUGUGCAGCGCAGAAGACAGUGGUCCAUCUGACACUCUGUGCUGGGCAUUACUUGGAUGCUCUGGCUAAUUUUGGAAGAUGACGACAGCACUACCUGCUCCCCAGGUGGCAGAUGCAGGUGACUUCCCCUUGAUCAGCAGCAGGGCCGGUUGCCGUGGGGAUACCCAGCCAGGUUUGCGAGCACACACGAACCAGUGAAGUGACAACCAGCUGCAGCAAGCUAAGAAGAAUCUGAGGAAACUGAGACGCUCAGCUUCACAAGAGCAGACUGUCUCCACGCCCAGGCUUACUGUUGUGCCAGACAGUGGAUGAGCUCACAGAUCAAUCCAGAAGGAGGCGUCGACAGCCUGGAAGGCAGAUUAUUUAAAACAUGGGGGGUUCACAAUGCAAGGGCAGUCACCCAGUGUUUGAUAAUGGACCCAUGUUUCCUUCUUUCCUUCUCCUGGUCCUUCGUUGAUGUUGUCUGUUUUGUACCAUUGAUUCAGUGUUUUUGGUCUAGAUGGAUAUUAUAGAAAGAAACCUUUUGAAACAGUAAUACUGUGGAGUAAAACGAAGGGAAUAAGAUUUAGUCAUUUUUCAUAGGAAACCAGCACCCAGUAUCCUGAUCAUUUCUUAAUGCCAUUACAUUGAGUGAGAGCUUUGUUGCUAAAUCCAUGAAGCUGUAUGGUCUGAUUAAGGAAGAAGCAUUCCCAGUGUGUAUUUAAGGCCUCCUCCCCACUCUAUGGAGGCCAAGCACAGCCAGCCGGCCGGUGGGGAGCGGUCCGGAGGGCAAGAGCAGGCCCUCUCCGAGCAACCUCCUGGAGACCGUCUGCCUGAGCAGCUCCAAGCUGCCCCCCAACUUUCCCACAGCUCCCAUGGCCGUCACCAACACCGGCAGCCCAAGCAGAGUGACCUGCCACGGCAAUUCCUCCGGCUGCAGCAGCAGCAAUCUUCUUCUUCUGGAGCACGGGGAGCAUGGCAGCUAACAGAUGCACCUGGACCCUCAGGAAGGAGCUUCCCACCUUCAUCUCUGUCAUCAUCUUCCACACGGGACUCACAUGUCCAGGUGCUCCUGCCCCAUUGUAGCCAAGAAAUCCAAGAGACCGCCCCACCCCGACGAGAGCGUAAGCCCCAGAAGCCAGGCAAGUACGUAUGCACUUACUGUGGUCGUCCAUGUGCCAAGCCCAGUGUUCUCCAGAAACACAUUCGAUCUCAUACUGGAGAACGGCCUUACCCCUGUGUCCCAUGUGGGUUUUCCUUUAAGACAAAAAGCAACUUGUACAAACACCGAAAGUCCCAUGCUCAUCGUAUCAAAGCAGGACUGGCCACCAGCCAUGAAGUCUAUACUCUUGGUGGAUCUGAGACGGGAACGCAGGGGGAGGACCCGGAGGAGCCCACAGAAGGGGAAAGCACAGACUCAGAGGAUGAAACGGGUCAGCAUGCCCUGGCAUCCUCCCAUGAGAGGGUGGGACCACCGAAAGGCAACAGUACGGAACUGUCAGGUUUAGAGGAGCCUCAGCGGGCAGAGGACUCCCAAGUAGUGAAACAGAGGCUAGCCAUGCGGCUGAGUGAAAGGAAGCGUGUACCGUUGGCCUCUUCAGAUGACCCCCCAUCCUCCCUUGGCCCUGGGAGCAAAGGUAGCACAGAGUCAGGCUACUUCUCCCUUUCUGGGAGCACUGAACUGUCCCAGGUGAGCCCUCCUAACACUAAUGCCAAAUCCUAUGCUGAAAUUAUCUUGGGUAAAUAUGGACGUGUGGGGCAGCAGCAAAGGGGUCUUUAUCAACAACACCUUCAGUCCUCAUCCACAUCUUCUUUAGGGCAAGAAGAGAAGGGCAUUCCUUUCACAGUGCCCAAAACACAGGUCAUAGAACACAUUACUAAACUCAUCACCAUUAACGAAGCAGUGGUGGACACCAGUGAGAUUGAUAGUGUUAAGCCAAGAAGAUCUUCCCUCUCCAGAAGAAGCAGCAUUGACCCCAAAACAGAGGUGCCAGGACCCAGUACCAGUAGCAGUGGUCCUUUGAGUGUAGGCAACUUUACGGGCGAGUCAUUCCAUCCCAAGUUCUCCAAUCUUGGCUUGUUGGCUGGCCAAACUUCCACAGUGCCUCUUCUGAGAAGUCAGUCAAUGCCUUCAUCAGCAGGUCAGGGAGAUUCUGCCACCACAUCUUCCCGCAUCUUCCGCCUCAGUCAUUCCUUUGAUGAGCGGCAGGCUUCAGCAGCAGAGAUCCGGGUGGGCCAUCAUCACCGCAUGCUGAAACGGCAACCCGCUAUUGAGGUGCCUCUUGGAGCAGAGUUCAUUCCUGAGGAGAGUGUCCCUCUUGCCUCGUCAUCCACCACCACAAUACCGUCAGACCCAAACCGAAAACAGAGACGUGGACCGAGACUUUAUGAGUGUGAGGCCUGUGGUGCUCGUUGCAGGAAACGUGAGAGCUACGAGACACAUCGACGCAGCUUUUGUCCAGCACGUCAGUCUGAAGAAACUGAGAAGGUACUUGAAAGUGGCACUUACCGGGAAGACAGACCGCAGAUGAUGCAUUAUAAAUUCAAAGCUAUGGCAAUGGCCAUACGCAAGAGGAGGAAAGAGGAAUCUCUGGAGGAGGAUCCUCCCAGCCCUGGGCCAGCUGCUGUCUCCUUCCCGCUUACUGCCUCCACCCCAGUACAGGGUCGAGAAGAAGUCUUUGAGAUUGACAAUUCCUUGGGAACGUCAUCAUUAGCAGAACAGGACCAGAGUAAUACUUGGAAGGAGAUCUCAGUGAUCCAACACACCAGCUCAUUUGAGAAGCAGGAGAGCAUGUCCAUGGAGUGCCAGGAGAAAGAGAAGUUAGUUGGUGUGCCACCUACUGUUGAGGAACACCAGUUACAGCCACAAACCCAGCAACAACCCCCACCAAAACCACAUUCUUUUUCCCGCCUGGUUCGCCAACCUAACAUCCAAGUGCCGGAGAUACUGGUGACUGAAGAACCAGAUAUGGACAUGGUUUCAACAUCAACUCCAGGCACAUUGUCAGCUAAGGAGCCAGAGAAGGUGGAGGAGUUCCAGUGGCCUCAGAGGAGUCAGACCUUAGCCCAACUUCCAGCUGAAAAGCUGCCACCAAAGAAGAAGCGUCUUCGUCUGGCUGAAGCUACCCAGUCCUCGGGGGAAUCGAGCUUUGAAUCUGUUUCACUUCCUCGCAGUCCUAGCCAAGAGAGCACUGUAUCACACACCUCCAGCCGAUCUGCCUCCUUUGAGGAGUCAGGCAAACCUGACUCUGAAAUGCAGCCAACCACUUCCUUGUCAAGGACCUUACAGGGAUGUCACAUGCUUACUGUCCCUUCUGGUCCUCACCAGCACCACCACCCUCACCGAGAGAUGAGACGCUCAGCUUCAGAGCAGGCCCCAGCAAGUGCUCAGCACCCAGCCCAAAUUGUUGAGGCUCGGAGCAAGUCUUUUGACUAUGGGUGCCUAUCCCCACAGCGCUCCACUACCACCUGGAGGGAAAGGAGGAAGUGUCUACUGGUGAAACAUGCCACGCUAGGGGAGCCGGACCAGGAGGAGCAGGUUGUCUGCACUUCUGCCAAAACUGGAACAACUCUGGUGUGCAUGUCCAUCCCCGGCCAUCUUGAAGCUCCCCCAGCUGAGUCCAGCAUUGCGCACAGUUCUUCAAGGCUUAGCCCAGAUUCCAUGGGGAAGUCUGUUCAAAUUGCUUCAUCUUCAGUGCCUGCUUUAUCCCAAUCUGCUUUCCCAUUGCCUGCACAAACUUCUGAAGCAUUCUCCCAGGGGCAGGUGGCUCAGCUCUUGCCUACCACCACAGACAUUACUGAUGUCCUGUCUGCUCAGAUUAUCCCCCAAGCCUUCCUGCAGACAGCCGCACCGCUUCUUCAUCCAACACAACUCCACAUUACGGAUCACCUGAGUCUACCGGCCCAGUCCUUCCCAUCCUUGCUCCCUCUGCAGUACCCCUCAGGUGCUGCCCAGGCCCUCUACCUCCCUGUGCCCAGUGGACUGACCCUCCAGGUUUCCACAGAGCCAAUCUGUGGGGACCCUGUGGGAGACACAGAGCUGUCUCCUUCCUCCUCACAAAUCUCUGUCCCUUACCAGCACCCUCCACACCCCCACCCAGUCAUUGCUCCUUGUCUAGAGCAGCUUGCACCUGUUGUGUCACUGGUUGUGCCAGUCCGCCUCCAAACCCACGUGCCCACUUAUGCCAGUGCCAUGUACACAACACUGUCACAGAUUUUGGUCACCACGCGAGCCCAGGAACCUGUCUGCUGUUCUGCCGUGGUCCUUGUGGGUAAACUAGAAGAGCAUAAGAUGCCUAGCCCAUACUUAACAAUCCCCACCACAAAGACCAACCUCCCCAUAGGCCUGCCCUUGGAGCUACAGCUCAGGAUGGGUUCAGAAGAAGGGUAUGGGUCACCAGGUAUGGGCGGAAGCAAGCGCAUGCUGUCUCCAGCUGGCAGCUUGGAGCUCAAUGCUGAGGCGCAGCGGCAGCAGAAGCGUGUGAAAGAAGAAGAGGGGGAUGAAAUUGACAAGGACAAUGAGGAUAGACAAGGAGGCAGGGGAGAAGUUAAAGAUACUCUGGCUGUAGAAGCUGCAGUAACAGGUGAAAGCAAGGAGGAGGAGGUGGGAACAUCAAAACAGGACGAGGCAGAUGUGGUCAAGAAUAAGGAGGCUGUUGAAAGUUGCACUGAACCUUCUGAAAAGGAAAAAGAGGAUGGGGCCUCAAGUCCAGAGAGACAGAAUGACCCAGGGUACCCGAACCUCCACACCGCCACUUCAGUCAGCUGGUGCUAUCUGAACUACAUCAAGCCCAACCCUUCUCCCCAGAGGGAUGUCCGGGCCUCAGUCUAUUCCUCUUGGUGUGUUAGCAUGCACAACCCCAACCUCCCAGGGCUCUCCACCCGGGCAGCGCUGGCACUGCUCCGUUCCAAGCAGAAGCAUGGUCUGGAGACCUACACCAUCGCUGCAGCAACACAGCCUGCCACAGGCAAGCUGGUCACAGCCAGCAUCCGGAAGCCCAGGAUGUCUGAAGUACGGACGACACCACCCCAUACCCCUGCAGAAGGGAAGGAGGCACCAUUAGCUGAGAAGAAGGAGGAGGAAAAAAAAGAGAAGAGAGAGGAGGAGGCUCCCUACACAUCAAAACGUAGUGAGCCGCCCCGUAUCCGAAUCUUUGAGGGCGGGUACAAAUCUAACGAGGAGUAUGUGUACGUACGCGGGCGAGGCCGGGGAAAGUAUGUGUGUGAGGAAUGCGGCAUCCGCUGCAAGAAGCCCAGUAUGCUAAAGAAACACAUCCGCACCCACACCGAUGUCCGGCCAUAUGUCUGCAAGCACUGCAACUUUGCCUUCAAAACCAAAGGGAACCUCACAAAACACAUGAAGUCCAAGGCUCAUGGAAAAAAGUGCCAGGAGAUGGGGGUGCCUGGGUCUUCCUUAGAUGAGCCGGAAACAGAAGAAGGAGCUGGGGGCAGCGAGGAGCGAGUUGGUGGCUCAGAGGACCAGGAAGAGCACCAGUUCUCUGAUGUGGAGGACUCAGAUGAAGAUGAAGACAAUGAAGAAGAGGAGGAAGGGGAAGAGUCUUCAUCACACGAUGAGCCUCCCUCAUCCUGCUCCCCUGAUACUCGCCUCUCCAUCAGUGGUCGCUCAGACUGCGGUCAGACCCUGCAGCAAGACACCCCUGAUCCAGGUCUCCCUGCCACCCUGGAGAGAGAGCUCCAGGACUAUCCAUCACCUCGGAGGCCCUGGCCCAGUGGGAGGGAUGCCUCCCCGGGCAGCAAGAGGGCAUUAUUUGCCCGGCGCCAUUGGGAAGCCUCCCCACGGGCCUUCUCCCCGAGCAGCGAGGGCUCACCGUUGCGCGGCCCAUCCCCAGGUCGCGAGGUGUCCCCUCUACGUUGUCUUUCCCCUCGGUUGGACCUGUCUUCACCUGGCCGCCACCUCUCCCCAUCCCCUGAAAGGGGCCCGUCUCCUAUCCGGCCUGUCUCACCCCAUGGCUUGCUUUCACCCAGCCGCUACACAGGCCACUGUGUUCUCCCUUCCCCCGCCCCAACCUGUCUGAGACCUCAGAGCUUUCCCGCCACUCACCCCAGAGACACAGCUGCACCUGAGGCUGCUGAAAGCUGGCAGAAGCAGGUUGGCUACCUGAGCAGGGGUCUCUGCCUCACAGCUACACGUCUGUCCCCCUCAGCAGGCGAAUUCCCAGGACAUACUCCGCCUCGGACCGUGGACCAUGUCUUCAGCCACCUGCCUCUGCACUCACAGCAGCUCGUGCGGAACCCCUGCCUCAUGAUCCCCAUUGGCGGGAUCCAGAUGGUGCAGCCGAGGCCCAGUUCCCACCCUAAUCUGCUCCGCUGCCCCACAAACACCUCGCCUACCUCUACCUGGGGGAGGGGCACUGACCAGCCCUUGGCCAGCAUGGAAACGGUGCAGGUGGGGUCCCCAGGGCCCACCAGGCAGGGCACUUCGGGGGACCAAAGCGUACAGGAAGAGGAAGCAGGAACCAGUGGGUCGGGGUUUUGUAGAAACACACAUGAGGCACAGAGUGAAGACCACGUCCCUUCAAAGACACUUGCUCCACAGACAGGAACAGAGGAGCUCAAAGAAGCGGGCGCAAAGCAAUAUGGCAGCUCACACUCUCAUUCCCAGAGCAGCGCUCCAGUUGUGGAGAGAGCAAGUGGAUUGAGCACGGAAUGUGGCUCCGAGACAAGGUUGCCCUCAAAGGCCAACCCCAGCCAACCAGCUUCUCCCCGCCAAAGAACUAGUCCACUCCUUAAGGAGGGGGCAUCAAGGGAGAGGCACCAUGGCCAAGCGCUGCACUCGCCCCUUGAAGGGACCCAUGAAGCUGGAGUCCAGACUAGUAAAAGUCAGAGUGAGAACUGCAAAACAGGAAGCACUUAAUCUCCACCCAUAAUUCUGGGUACAGAGUCACUAAAGAUCUUUUCUGUUACUUUUUUUGUUGUUUUUUUUUUAUGAUUUUGUUUUUAUACACUUUAUGACACUGCUGUUUACUUAUGUUGUUUCCUUCUGCAAUAUUUAGGAUUGUUAUAAGAUGCACCCUUAUUACGGAUACCAUUUCUGUCAAUCUGUCUAUCCUUCUUUAACUUUUAUCUUGCUGUUGUCAUAUCUGAAUAAAUGAACAUAUAUUAUAUAUAAUGAAUACACAUAUUUGUAAAUGACCAAAAUCAAUACAGAAAACAAUAUUUGCAGUUUUGUUUGUUAUUCAUUCAGUAUUACUCAAGUUGUAGUUUAUUGUGCCUUUUUCGGUCCAGGUUUGUUGCUUGAAAUGUACACAAAAAAAGUUAAAAGGCUGUGAAUUUUUUAACAUGUUUUGUGUUUUGAUUGGUAGGCAGUGGAGGGUGAUGGGGUUUUCUUUCGUGGCCAUUUUAACAGUCAGGGUAAACGACAGACAGCAAAGACUUGUGAAAGAAAGAGACCUGAAGAGCAGAAACAGAAAGAUUUGCAAAGAAAAUGCACUGAAGUCAUAUUUUUUUAUUACUAAAAAUGA